CGAUAUUGUCAAUUGCAAUGUUUACAGAUUUUUGUAUUUACUAUUUAUAUACAUCACCUCCCUUUAUAUUUGUUUUGUAUUUAAAUAUGAAUUAAUCCACUUAAAUUAUAAAUAAUCAGGCAUUAUUAAGUGAAACACAAUUCACACACACAGUAAUUUUUAGAGUUGUCUUUGCUAGUAUUUACAGACUGCCCAAGUUCUCCUAAUGAUUCAUCACCCAAGGGUAGAUAAAAAUUGAUUUUUUUAGGAAUGUUAAACCAAGACUAAAAAUACCAAAAUGGGGUCUUUAUUUGAAAAUUACGAGCAGCAAUAUUCAACGUUAACGGCUGACAUUACAGCUCAAGUAGGUCUGUUAAGUGCCUCAGCCUCAAAAGACCGUCGCCAACUUAUAUCAAACAUAGAAAAACAUGUUGAAGAGGCACAGGAACUGCUGGAACAAAUGGACUUGGAGGUCCGAGAAGUUGAUCCGUCAAAGAAACAAAGGUGCAGAACAAAACUAGACUGUUACCGAGCAGAAUUGAAACGUCUUACAUUAGAAUAUAUUAAAGCUCGUACAGUGAAGCAAGAGUCUUUAUAUGAUAGCACAGAAGAUGUUCGCAUUUCCAUUGAUCAGAAGCAAAGACUAUUGGAUAAUGGGGAAACACUGGAGAGGGCCGGGAGAAAAUUAAAUGAAGGCUACCGUGUUGCCUUGGAAUCUGAAGAAAUUGGGCAUCAGGUGUUGAAAAAUUUAGCCGAGCAAAGGGAAACUAUUCAGAGAAGUAGGAAUCGGCUAAGAGAAACUGAUGAGGAACUGAGCAGAUCAUCACGACUACUAGGUAAUAUGAUAAUGAGAGCACUACAGCAAAAAGUCAUUCUUGGUAUAGUUGCUGUGUGCUUUUUAGUUUUCAUCUCUUUUGGAAUAUAUUUAAGUUUUCAAAGUUAGGAAGUUAGGUUUUGUGAAAGAAACUUGUGUGGCUUAGAUUUGCAUUUAAAAAAAGUCUUUUUGUUAUUUUGAGGUUUUUCUAAAAAGCCUGUAGUUUUAUUACUUACUAAUAUUAAGUACAAAAGUACUUUUCACUGAUUUUAUUCUUAGACAUUCCUUUGCCAACAGAUCAAGCCCUUAUGAAUUAAAAAAUCAUUAAAUCCAGUUUGAGACUUACCUGGUUUUACAAGAAAAGCAUAUAGUUUACUUUAAAUCUGUUUUUAUUAAUAAAACUAGCAUAUAAUUCAUAAAUUAAAGUCUACACCUUACCCACACCAUUUUCUUAACUUAGAAGUGUAUAUAUUAUGUACUGAUUUGCCAUAUUCUUACGUAUUUA